AUUUUGUUAUCCACGUCAGCCACAGUCCAUGAUCUUCCUCCCUGCCCUUUUUGCUUUUACAAUCUCCUCCACAACUUCCAAUUUUCUCUGCAUCAGAAAUGAAGUCCAUUCUUUCUUCUUCUCCUUCUUCUUCUUCUUCUUUUGAUUUCUCGCAGAUUCUCUUCCUUCAGCUCUGCCCUUGUCGAAAUUCAAACCUUACUUACCCUUCAAUCCCAUUCUCCAAACGGAGGAGGAAAAAACUCCAUCCCAACUUCUCUUUCCGUGCUUGUGUACUUCCCACCAAUGGCACUGCUAAUUCAACCAGGAUUGCUACUCGAACACGAAGCCUUCUUAUCAAACAAAUUGCUGGUGAAUUGGAGAACCAACAUGAGAUUUCGCAUGAAUCAGCUUCCUCAUCUUCGUCUCCCAUCCAAAUGGGCUCAAAUUUCACUGGUUUUGAAGAAGAUCCCAUGCUAGACAAGUUAAGAACUCAAUUGGGAGUCAUACACCCAAUUCCUUCUCCUCCAAUUAAUAGAAACAUUGUUGGGUUAUUUGUCUUUUUCUUCUUUGUUGGGGUAGUUUUCGAUAAGCUAUGGACGUCUAGGAAGACGGCCAAGUUGGUCAGUGCAGGUGGACAGCGUGGGCCGUGGCCGCAAGUUCCCACAAGUUUUUCGUUGUUCUUGGAGAAGGAUUUGCAGAGGAAAGAGUCGGUAGAGUGGGUUAAUAUGGUUUUGGGGAAAUUGUGGAAGGUGUAUAGACCUGGGAUUGAGAAUUGGAUUAUUGGGUUGUUGCAGCCCGUCAUUGAUAAUCUGAAAAAGCCUGAUUAUGUGGAGAGAGUCGAGAUUAAGCAAUUCUCCUUGGGAGAUGAGCCAUUGUCUGUCAGGAAUGUUGAGCGGAGGACUUCACGCCGUGUCAACGAUUUGCAGUAUCAAAUAGGCCUCCGAUAUACUGGUGGUGCUCGAAUGCUGCUAAUGCUUUCACUAAAAUUUGGCAUUAUCCCCAUAGUUGUACCAGUUGGUGUUCGAGAUUUUGACAUAGAUGGUGAACUGUGGGUCAAAGUGCGGUUGAUACCGUCUGAGCCUUGGGUGGGAGCUGUUUCAUGGGCUUUUGUGUCCGUUCCAAAGAUCAAAUUUGAACUGUCGCCAUUCCGCUUGUUCAAUUUGAUGGCAAUCCCUGUUCUCUCAAUGUUUUUAACAAAACUUCUUACUGAGGAUUUGCCUCGAUUAUUUGUUCGUCCAAAGAAGAUCGUCUUGGAUUUUCAAAAAGGAAAAGCAGUUGGACCUGUUGCAAAUGAUUUCAGAUCAAGAGAAAUGCAAGAGGGAAACAAUGAUUUUGUUGGAGAGCUAUCAGUUACUCUUGUAGAUUCUCGGAAACUUUCUUAUUUCUUCUAUGGUAAAACAGAUCCAUAUGUUGUUCUAAGCCUGGGAGAUCAAACUAUACGUAGUAAAAAGAACAGUCAGACCACUGUCAUUGGGCCUCCUGGUCAGCCAAUUUGGAAUCAGGACUUUCAUAUGCUUGUUGCAGAUCCUAGGAAACAAAAAUUAUACAUCCAAGUGAAAGACUCCCUUGGAUUUACAGAUUUGACUAUUGGUACAGGAGAGGUUGAUCUAGGAUCUCUCCAAGACACAGUACCGACCGACAGGAUUGUGGUACUACAAGGAGGUUGGGGACUGUUCAGAAAGAGGUCUUAUGGAGAAAUACUACUUCGUCUAACAUAUAAAGCAUAUGUUGAGGAUGAAGAUGAUGACAAGACUGCAGUGGAGUCCAUUGAUGCAGAUGCUUCAGAUGAUGAGUUGUCUGAUUCUGAAGAAUCAAAUACCACUUUCAAGUCAACUGGAAGGGAUUCAUAUAGCGAAUCAGAUAAAGAAUCAUUUAUGGAUGUUCUAGCUGCUUUAAUUGUCAGCGAGGAAUUUCAAGGGAUUGUGGCAUCUGAGGCGGGAAGCAAUAACGUUUCGGAUGAUGUCUCAGCUGCAGCAUCACGAGAUCUUAAUGCUGAAUCAGUCCCUUCAGAUCCAAACAACAGUUCUGAAGGUUUUGGAGGAUCAGUCAUAGUUUGGCUAGCUGUAGUUACAAGCAUAUUCAUGCUAAUUGCUGUCAAUAUGGGUGGCUCGAGUUUCUUCAACCCUUGAUAUGACAUGGAAAAGCUUGCACAGAGUUGGUUGUUCUCCUGUUUAAGAAAGGCAAUACCUCACUUUGGCAAGUACGGAUGGUGGACCCAUUUGCUUCGGUUAAAAAGUGGACAAGAAUCCAAAUGGGAAUUCCAUAUUCCCGCUCUUGAAGUUUGGCAAUACGAGGGGGAAUGAGUUCCCCCAUGUGAGGUUGAGGUUGUGAAGCAAACAGCAAACCCACCCACAUAUUAUAAAGGAUUAAAUUCUUGGUUUUUAGUAGAGGAAUAUACUUUUGGCGGCAGGAAUUUAUCAUUAUUAUUAUUAUUAGGGUUUCACAAAGUGAAAUAGGUUUUUUUUUUUUGGCCAUUUAU